ACUUGGACUAAAGACUGGGACGGUUUGCAGCUUGAUCCAACUAGUGCACUUCUGGCAAGAUUUGUGCCUGCCAUGAAGCCCUGUCUCAUCUUCACUCUUCUAAGCACAGCUGGAGUUAUUCUGGCCACAGAUUCUAAAGAUGAUGACCCGAACUUACCAGAAGAUUUUACUAUUCCAUACAUGGUCUAUCUGCAGUCCAGAUCAGAACCCUGUGUGGGGUCUCUUAUUCACCCUGAGUGGGUACUGACAGCUGCCCACUGUCCUUUACCCAUUAAAAUCCGACUGGGAGUUUAUCAACCCAGCAUCAGAAAUAAGAAAGAGCAGAUACGGAAUUACUCAUUGAUUAUCCCUGCCCCUGAGUUCAAGGCACGAUCUCUGGAGAAUGACCUGAUGCUGAUAAAACUGUCCAAGCCUGCUGUACUCAACUCCCAUGUGGGGACCAUAGCCAUAUCUAUGGAGCCCUUAACAUUUAAUGAUUCCUGCUUUAUCCCAACCUGGACUUGGAAUGAAUACAAAAACCUUAGUGACCCUGACAUCCUGACGUGGAUAAACCAGCCUUCUCAUCCCUUCAAUUACUGCAAGAAUGCGGUAGGAAAUAGAAUAGCAGUACACAUCAUGUGUGUGGGAAAACCUUUGAACAUCAUAUCUAAAGUCAAGGAAGUCUCAGCUGCUCCAGCCAUCUGCAAUGGGAGGCUGCAUGGAAUCUUGUGCUGGGACAAAGGAAGUGUCACCCUGGGAAGUGAAGCGUUCUUCACAGAAGUCCAUCACUAUGCAAGAUGGAUCAUGAAAACUAUUAAUACCCACUGAGGCACUCUGUUCCUCUGUCCCCCGGGGAAACAUCUUCAUGAUUUCUGUACUGAAUUCACAACUCUCUUGACCUUUCUUGCUCUUGGAUAGAAUCCAAGUAGAGAACAU